AUGUUCUUCUCAGCCCGUACAAUAGUGGUCGUGGUACAUGCCAUCUCAGGCUCCCUGGCACAAACACUAUCAAGAGAUGCCAUUGGCAUUGGGCCGACGCCGGAAUUGAUGCAUCUGUACUACGAUGAGUGGCCGACAGGCAUCGCUGUUUCCUCGUCAGGCCGGAUGUUCUCAAACUACCCUCUCGGCCUUGACGCAACAAACACCAAGUACCAAGUCGCAGAACUCACCGGCAACAGCACAGAGACAGCAUACCCCAAUUCACAGAUCAACAGCCCUCCUGGCGGCGCCAUCGACUACACCAAAUCCCCACCACAAUCCAAGGGUUUAGCUGAAUACCUCAUCGGCGUCCAAAGUGUGGUGGUCGACGCCAAAGAUCGUCUGUGGAUCCUUGACACCGGCCGCGCUCUCUUACCAGAUGGCACCCUCACGACUUCACAAUACGGCGGGCCCAAACUGGUCGGUGUCGACCUAACCAACAACACCAUCUUCCAGACGAUUUUGUUCCCACCUGACGUCGCGUAUCCAGACUCGUACCCAAACGACGUGCGUCUCGACCUGCGCGCCUCGGUCACUGCGUCGGGUCAAGGGAUAGCGUACAUCACCGACUCGUCGUCCGAAGGUCGCAAUGGCAUCAUCGUCGUCGACCUCGGCACACUUGAGUCGUGGCGCCACCUCGAAAACAUCCCGCAAGUGCGGCCGGAACCAGGUUUCUUCGUCACUGUUUGGGGUGAACCCGUGUACAGCAACCCGGGGAAUGGCAAGCCGGUGUCUCGCCUCGCGUUUGGGGCCGACGGAAUCACUCUCUCUAACGACGGGGAGACACUGUACUUUAGCGUUGUCUCGGGCCGACACCUAUAUUCGGUCCCGACGACGCGAUUGCGCGACCGCAGUGCAUCGAGCGAAUUGUUUGCUCAAGCGUCCGUCAUGGAUCUGGGCCAGAAAGGCGUCAGCGAUGGCUUGGAGAGUGAUAGCAAUGGGAUCGUGUACGGAGGCAGCGUUGAGACAGAUUCGAUAUUCGCGUUCGAUCCGAAUAACGGUACCGUGCAGACCUAUGUCCGCAACGCUAGAAUUGAGUGGACAGAUACCUUCUCGACGAGUGGGCAGUACCUAUAUUUCACCGAGAACCAGCUGUGGAGGGGCCCGAGUCAACAGGGUGGUGUUGAUCGGAGAGUCAAGCCGUACGCGCUGUAUAGGGUGCCUUUACUUAAUGGUGGGAUGAAGACUGAAUUGGUGUGA